CUUGGAGCGGGUGGGCAAGGGCGGGAAAGACAGAGAAAGAGGAAGACACAAAUAGACAAUGAAGUUCGCUGUAAAGGCAUGGAGCAAUGGCAGAGCCCGGGCAGGCCUUCUCCAGGUGGGAAGCUGCGAGUUAGAAACUCCGGCUCUCCUCCUCACUACCCGUAAAGGCCUGCCUGUUUUCAUUUCCCCUGACCUCCUGCCUUCUCUUCCUUCCCCAGACUCUCGCCUCCUUCAAUUCAGCCCCCUCCACUUUUUAGAUUCCAUUUCUCCCAAAACGAUGUCUGAAGUUGGUGGGCUGCAUCAGAUGCUUGGUUUGAAAGAACAUAUAUUUGUGGCCAUUCCGAGGGAUUCCAUUUUGUCCCUUCCAGAUUAUGGGAGCACUAACAAGAUCGGUGCAUCUUUUGAGACUCCUUGUGGUCGACGCCUGAUAAAGCCAGCAGAAUAUAUGCAAAUGAUUUCUUCAAUGAAGCCAAAUAUGUGGGCCACAUUGGCAGAUGAAGUACCUGCUUGGGUUUCAGAGAAGAGGAACAGGGCCUCAGUUGACCGCACAGUGAGAUGGCUGAACGAUUGCAUUACCUCAAAUUUGGCUACCACUUCAGGUGGUGCUGUUUUUGGAUCCAUUGUGGGAGGUUCUAGUGUUGAAGAACGCCAACGCUGUGCACAAGAAGUUGCCCAGCAAAAUGUAUCAGGUUAUUAUAUUGGCAGCUUUGGCCUUGGGGAGAGUAUGGAGGAGCGUCCUGCCCUCCUCAGUGCUGUUACAGAUAUUUUACCAGAUGAAAAGCCACGACAGAUAAGUGGCCUUGGACUUCCAGAGGAAGUUUUGCAGGGUGUUGCUGCAGGCAUUGACCUAUUUGAUUCUGCGUAUAUCUACCAUCUUACACUAGGGGGCUUUGCACUUAUAUUUCAUCCAGAGAAAACCAGUAGACAUGGUUACGAUGAUCAACUACGGGAUACUAGCUCUGAUGACACAAAAAUUAAUCUCAAAGCAACCAUUUACAGAAAAGAUUUGUCGCCUAUUGUUGAGGGUUGCAAUUGUUACACGUGCCAGAAUCAUACGAAGGCAUAUAUAAAUCACUUGUUUAACGUUCAUGAAAUGUUGGCUCAGAUUCUAUUAGAAAUACAUAACACUCACCACUAUCUGGGAUUCUUUCGGUUGAUAAGAGAAGCAAUUAAGGAAGGAAGAUUUGAGCAAUUCCGGGAAAAGUUCAUCAGAAGUAGACGCGACCAUAUCUUCGAUGCUGCUGCUGCUGUAAGUGCAUGAGUUAGAUGGCCUCUUGACUUGAUGGCAUCAAAAGAAUCUGCCACUUGGAUAUGGUGCUAAAAUUAAAUUAUGAUAGAGGAAGAUGUUGGACGGACAAGGCCACGUAAGCCCUGGACCACAUAGGGGGCCCCUCCAAUAGGGGGGACACCAAUUAGGUGCCUUGUUUGGACUGUCCAAGUAUCUUUAUCCUAUGUUAGAUUCUAUCGUCUACCUUUGAAAUAUUGUCAUUUCCUUUCUUGAAAUUUGGAUGCAUUUAAAGAUAUUUAUAUUUAUCUACAAUAUAUUUGUUU